GGAAACUGCAAAGAUAAGGACCUUAGGACCUGGGAACUAGGGAAGCUGUGAACGACCGGCCGUUUCGCAAAAAAAAAAUUCUCCAUGUAUAGGGCUAGGAAAAGAUGGCGUCGGAAGAAGAGACUGUGAAUCUGCGGAGCAAGGGGAGUCAUGGUACAGAGAGGGGCGUGGAAAGGAACGAAGGGUCAAUAAGGGACCGAGAAUCAGCAAAUCCGGAGGGAACAAAGGAAGACGGGAAGGACCUCUCAACGGGAGAAAGUUCGGGAAAGGCCGAGGGAAGUACACGAGGAUCUCAAAAGAAUAAGGAAGGAAGGGACAAGGAAAGAUCAAGUCCGCGAAACUCAGAUGGGAUCAUAGUCAAGAAAGCGAAAGUCUCGGAUGCCCGGCGUAAGCUGGCGAAAAUAGAGAAGCGAACCGCGAAGUAUAAGGCAAAACUUAUUGAAGAGAUGAUGGCUGGGAACGAGAGGGACCUUCCGGGAGAGGAGCUACGAGAGGAGCGCAGGACUAGCCAGGGCGAAAUCAAGCACGGAGGGAAGGAUAGUAGCCAUAAGGGGACGCCUAGCAAGAAAGGGAAGGAGAAGGGGGACUCCCCGGUUGUAGAAGUGAAAAAAGCUAUAAACCCACCUGCCAUAGACAGUGGUGCUAGCCGCUUACCUGCCGCGCCAAAAAUAAUGAAGGGGUGCGACGGACUUUGGGGUCUCAGAGAAAGGGUACUAGGGUGGUUUGAUCCGGAGGGAACAGCAACAACCGGAGAAAAGCGGAAGGAUAGCAAGGAAGGAGAAGAGACUAGUACGGCUGGUGAAACAGGUAAUUCUGAGGGCGGGCUCAAGAAAAUAGUAUCCAUCCUCACUAGGGUAUUGAACAAAAGUCAGGGCUACCUCGCAGAUGUCAAAAAGAAGCUCACCUUUGAUGGGGCGAACAUCACCGAAUUCCUGAUAGACUACGAGAAUCUAGCAUCCCUGUUGAAAUGGAGCGAGGAAGAAAAGAUGGACCACUUAGGGCAGCAUGUGUCACUAAGCUUAGGAAGGGACAUUAUGGCCAUCGUCGCCGCCAGUGGAUCUUGGAAGGAGACCCGAAAUGAGAUGAUGAGGAAGUAUCUAAAGGCGGAGAAAAUGGCAACAAAAGCCCAAUUGGCAGCCGUGCAGAGGAAGAACUACGCGACUUACAACGACUUCCUGAGAGCGUUUACCCUAGUAGCGUUACGAAUUCCCGGGGUAACGGACCGGAUCAUGAGCAAGUAUUUCCUUAGACAGUUCUCCAAGUUCGACAAGGAUAAGAUUUUGUCGUCCUAUCAACAGACUAGCAAGUUUGAAUACACGAGGGAUGUAGACUUCAUUACGGUAAAGACGGUGGUAACUGAGACGUUAGCCUUGCUUAAGGAGGGAGAGGUCAUAGACUUGACCGGAAAGACGGGAGACAAGGUGAAGAAGGGAAUAGAAAGUCUACACGAGCAGGUGCACGAAGUCGAUAAUAAGAUAGAAAGAGUGGAGAAUGCACUAUUGGUAAUGCAGGCGCAAGUUUUCCGCCCCGCCCUCCCGCCCCAAGAGGCCGUAGUUCCGACAGCAGUAGCCAACCGAGGAUACGAAGCCGAGCCAGUAGCCGACAUUGUUUGGGAUCAGUCGCGGGGUCGCGGACCACAAGUCAAUUUUAUCCUAGAAAGUAAUGGGCAGGAUAAGGUGAACAUCACCACCCGGCGGGCACGGGCGGAGAAGAAACUUAUUCGAGAUAUGGUAACGGAGGACGUUGCGGGAACCAGCGCAAAUCAAGGCGAACACGAGACAGGGGAGCUAGGGAAAGCCUACGGAAAAGCAAGGGAAGAAGAGCUGAUAGACAAAGCCACGGCGGCAAAGAAGAAGUUCAAGUACCAAAUCCCGAUCUUGACCAUGCCAGAAAUCGACGAUACCCUGAGCAAAUUGCUAGUUAAGGCAGGAAUCAGGGAGUCGAUCUGGUCAUUUCAACGGAUGACCGUGAUGGAGGAAAUGGACCAUGACAUAAUCCUUGGGAGACCAUGGUGCGCCAACAUAGAAAUGAUAGGCAUGCACCUGCACGAUGGCACGUACAUGAUAGAUAUAGAGGACCCCGUGACCGGCCGGGGAGAGCUCCUCCAACUCCUUGGGACCGGAGGGGACCCUCCGAAGGGGAAAUUGGCAACUUGGUCACCAAUAUUCGAAGAUAGUACGCGAAAAGGAGCAUUUGCCCGGAUGGAGGGUAUGAGAGAAAGAGUGGAAAUUAUGAUAGAGGAGUCCUUUAGCAAAAAGGAAUGGAUCAAGAUGGGCCUACCUCUGAAGAAAAAGAGGCAAGAAGACGAGGUUCUAGGGGUCAUGGUGGCAGAAAAGGAGCCGGGAGUUGAACUCGAGGCCAAUCUGCCUAAACCGAAGGAGUGUCGGAAGGAAACGCCGAAAGUAACGCUCGAAGUUCCGAACCUGUUGCAACUUAUUAUGCCUAUCAAGUACCACAAAGUAGGAGUGGACCCGGCAACACUCGCCAAAUUCGAGGAUGAGGUCCAAAAGGGCUACUGUCUGAACGGAAAGAUAGUCAGUAUUCAACCCCGUGUCGCGGAAGUAGCAAGGCCGAUCCCGACCAUUUAUUUUUCAGAAGAACGAUCCCAGAAAGGAAGUGUUCGAAAGUACAAGCCAGUAGGAAAGAAAGCCAAGCCAGUCUCAAUCCUAGUGGAGACAUCAAGGGAGGAGGCCAUGGAGAAAGAGGAAGAAAUCUUGCGGGUAAUAAGGGAGAGACGAGCGGCGGAAGGGCAUCGGAUACCCGAUGAGGUAGCAGACACCAUAAAGAUAGGGAUAGAUGGGUUCCUAACGGUGGAAGAGACCCAGCUGAUGAGGAAAGCGUGCCAGGAGUUUCACUUAGCAUUUGCUUUCAAUAACCAUCAGAAAGGUCGAUUGGAUGGAAAACUAAUUUCCCCCGUUAGGAUCCACACAGUGGAACAUGAGCGCUGUAACGACAAAGGGUCUGCCUACGAGUUCGGAAUAGCAGCAGAAGUUACCGAACUGCUCAGAGCCAAGAUAGACUCAUUCGUGGCCGAAACCACUGCAUCCCCCUACGCAAACAAGUGUUUUUUUUUUGGGAAACCCAAUAAGACGCUCAGAUGGAUCCAGGAUUUGCAGAAGCUGAAUGCAGUAACAAUCCGGGAUGCAGGAUCGCUUCCACAGGCCGAUCUGCUCGCAGAAUCUCACCCUGACCCGGCAAAGACGGAUAAGAUCUCUCAAUGGCCAACACCCUUGCGCACUACAACGGAAGUACGAGCCUUCCUAGGGGUGGUUGGAUUCUGGAGGGUCUUUAUCAAGGGCUUUGCCAAAAUAGUCGAGCCCGUCCGUGCGAUGAUUAGGGAUGGAGGGACUAUGGAAUGGACCGAGGACAGGGACGCAGCGGUUCAGACCCUCAAAGACAUCCUCUCCUCCGAUCAAGUCACCUUGGCAGCGCCCCGCUUCAACGACAAGGUGACACGGCCCUUUAUUCUGGAAACAGAUGGAGGACCAUUGGCGGUAGGAGAAGUCCUGAUACAAAAGAGCGAGGAGGGCAGAGAAAGGCCUAUCAGAUUCGAGAGUAGGACCCUGAAUUCUACAGAGCGGCGAUACUCCCAGUUCAAGAAAGAGGUCUUAGCCAUUCUACAUUGCCUUAAGACCUUUCAGGCAUACCUAUUCGGAAGACAGUUUAUCAUGAGAAUCGAUCCGACCAACGUCGCCGGGGCAUUAAAGAACUAUAAGCCUAUAGACCCGACCGUUGGGAGAUGGAUAGGCUUUAUCUGGCAGUUCGACGACAAGGUCGAGCGAAUUGCGGGGCUCCGGAACAGGGCAGACGGGCUAAGUCGGGUCUGCAUCACGCCGAAAGGAACAGAGGAGGAGGAACCAAUCGACGCCUUCCUGGAAUACAAAGGAGGAACCCUCGUCACGGAUAAUGAGAUGAUGAACCUCGCGUGCACACCAAGACAGUUGCUGAUUCAGACCCAGGAAAAAGGGGCGCCUGCUGUAGUUGCGGAACUUAAGGGGCCAGUCACCACGAUUAGACGAAAAGAUGAGAAGGAUUCGUGGGAGGAGCUGAUAGCGAUGGCCGCUGAAGGAGGUCGGGGCGCCGUGAUGUAUAUCUUGGAUGCAAGAGACAACCUCAGUGGUUAUGUAGAGGCAGUGGCGCUUAAAAGAAAGACGGGGAAGGGAGUGGCCGACUGGGUAGAAAACUUCUACCUAAGGCACCCCUUCAUUCGAAGGUUCAUAGCGGAUAAUGGGACGGAGUUCGUCAACCACGAAGUGAUAAGCAAGCUUAAGACGUUGUGCGUACCUAUCAAGAUCAUUGAGCCAUAUCAUCCUGAGGCCAACGCGCCUAUAGAAAGGGGGCACCGGACCUUGAAAAACACAAUUGCUAAGCUAGCGGCAGAUGACCUCGAGAACUGGCCUCGGUCCCUUAAGCAGGCGGUCUUCGCAGAGAACAUGACGCCGAAAAGGACGACGGGAUGCAUUCCGGCAAAACUCUGGUAUGGAAAGGAGAUUGAUUUCCCGGUGGAAGCAUUGGCAUCUACCUGGAACAGGCUAGACGACAAUCCGCACAUGUCUACAGAGGAACUAAUCACCGCGCGAUGCCAAUAGGUCCUUAGAAAUGAGGAAGCCUUGGAAGAUG